AUGACAUCACUCAAGAAGAAGAGUAGGAGGAAGCCUUCUUCCCAGGCCUUGGGGAAUAUUGUUGGCUGCAGAAUUUCUCACGGGUGGAAGGAAGGUAAUGAGCCUGUCACCCAUUGGAAGGCCAUCAUUCUAGGUCAACUGCCAACAAACCCUUCUCUUUAUUUGGUGAAGUAUGACGGAAUUGACAGUGUCUACGGACAGGAGCUCCACAGCGAUGAGAGGAUUUUAAAUCUUAAGGUCUUGCCUCACAAAGUAGUUUUUCUUCAGGUGAGGGAUGUCCACCUCGCCAGCGCCCUGGUUUGCAGAGAGGUACAACACAAAUUUGAGGGGAAAGAUGGCUCUGAGGACAACUGGAGUGGGAUGGUGCUAGCCCAGGUGCCAUUCUUACAGGACUAUUUUUACAUUUCCUACAAGAAGGAUCCGGUCCUCUACGUCUAUCAGCUCCUGGAUGACUACAAGGAAGGUAACCUCCACAUCAUUCCAGAGACCCCUCUGGCUGAGGCGAGAUCAGGUGAUGACAAUGACUUCUUAAUAGGUUCCUGGGUGCAGUACACCAGAGAUGAUGGAUCCAAAAAGUUCGGAAAGGUUGUUUACAAAGUUCUAGCCAAUUCUACUGUGUACUUUAUCAAAUUUCUUGGUGACCUACAUAUCUAUGUCUAUACUCUGGUGUCAAAUAUCACUUAA